AUGGUUUACAGCAGAGUAUCAGCUGUGGCCCAUCCAGAUUCACCACCUUGGAUUUGCAAGAUGGUUACUCAGCUGGUGAAGGUCACCAUGGACAGCUCACCUUAUUUCAAGUUGGUCGGCCCCAAUGGUGUGUGCCAUCAGAUCCCACCGGGCUCAUUUUGCACUAUAAACAUCCUUUUCACCCCUGAGGGGAGCAAGUUACUUUUCCUGCAGGAUCAUUUCCACCAGCUUGUCUGCAGCAGUGAAAGGGAAAAGGUCUCUGUGCCAAUCCAAGCCAUUGGUGCCCGCCCAGUCUUGGACUUCCCUGACCAGCUGGACUUCUCGUCGUGUCCAGUCAACCACAGCACCCAGAAGACUCUGCUGGUUCACAACACCGGGAACCUGGAAGCCUGUUACAGCCUCAGCACUGAGAGCCCUUUCACUGUCAGCCCAGCCACGGGAACCCUCGAUGUUGGUGAAGCCAAGCAAGUGACAGUGGAAUAUCACCCGCUGCAGACCGGGCACCAUUCCACAUCCCUGGCAGUGCACUGUGACAGAGUCCUCUACCAGCACUCCCCACUGUCCCAGCCACCUGAAUUCCCCUCCAGCAGCACCGCCCCGUCCCAGCUUCACCGCAACGAAAAGUGCAGACUAGUUAGUGUUUAG